AUGGCAACAUCGUUGGGAAUGAAGGACAGCCGUGCCACCUGGUCGCACGCCCGCGAUUUGUUUCUUGUCACGCAGCUACAAGCCCAAGCUGACUCCGGCAAACGAGCUGACAACGGGUUCAAGAAGGAGGCCUGGCGAGCCGUGUGUAAUGCGUUCAACCUCGAGUAUGGGGUCAACUACUUGCCAGCACAACUGAAGUCUCGUGUAGACUGCGAAUAUCAACAAGCCCCAGUGACCAAAGGACGUGGAGGGCGCAAAGUUUCUGCCCUGGACGAUGACAUCAGCAGCGAUUCGGACGAUUCCGACAAUAUGAUGCCCCGAAAGAAGAAGCCGCGUCAGCAAAAAGAACAACGAUCGGCUGGGUCAAUUAUUGGUGAAGCGAUGUCAAAGUUGGUCGAGGUCGAAAACGCUAAACUGGAUCAAGUGAAAAAAGUGGUACCGAUCCACACGAGCGUAUAG